AUAAGAGCUCCUCUGUAGCUUAGAGGCUAGGUUGGCAGGAGGUUGUUUUCCUGAUAGCCGCUCGGGGUUCCCACUCGUCGCUGCUGAACUCCGCCACUGCAAAAUCGGACGUUACAGCGGCACAACAGACGGACACUAGGUUACAGAUGGACCAGCAGGACCAGUCCUAUAUGUUUGCCAGUCUGACUCGGCCUCACUCGGAGCAGCUGCUGCAGGGCCUCCAGCUCUUGCGGCAGGAUCAUGAACUCUGUGAUAUUGUUCUUCGUGUGGGUGAUGCCAAGAUCCAUGCCCAUAAAGUAGUGCUGGCCAGCAUCAGUCCUUACUUCAAGGCCAUGUUCACAGGUAACCUGUCAGAAAAGGAGACCUCGGAGGUGGAGUUCCAGUGCAUUGAUGAGACUGCCUUGCAGGCCAUCGUUGAGUAUGCCUACACUGGCACAGUGUUUAUCUCCCAGGAAACAGUGGAAUCUCUUCUACCGGCUGCCAACUUACUUCAGGUCAAACUUGUACUCAAAGAGUGUUGUUCUUUCUUAGAAAGCCAGCUUGAUGCUGGGAACUGUAUAGGCAUCUCCCGCUUUGCAGAGACAUAUGGCUGUCACGAUCUGUGCCUGGCUGCAACCAAGUUCAUCUGUGAGAACUUUGAAGAAGUCUGUCAGACAGAGGAGUUUUUUGAACUGACAAGGGCUGAGUUGGAUGAAAUUGUGUCCAACGACUGCCUUAAGGUUGUCACAGAAGAGACUGUAUUUUAUGCGUUGGAAUCAUGGAUCAAAUAUGAUGUUACUGAGAGACAGCAGCAUCUGGCUCAAUUGCUGCAUUGUGUGCGCCUUCCACUCCUCAGCGUCAAAUUUCUCACUCGCCUAUAUGAAGCCAACCACCUUAUACGAGAUGACCAUGCAUGCAAGCACCUGCUCAAUGAGGCCCUCAAAUAUCACUUUAUGCCUGAGCACCGGCUCUCCUAUCAAACUGUGUUGUCAGCACGGCCCAGGUGUGCCCCAAAGGUGCUGCUUGCAGUGGGAGGCAAGGCUGGACUGUUUGCCACAUUGGAAAGCAUGGAAAUGUAUUUCCCUCAGACAGACUCAUGGAUAGGACUGGCCCCUCUCAGUGUACCUCGAUACGAGUUUGGUGUUGCAGUGCUGGACCACAAGGUUUAUGUUGUGGGAGGCAUCGCCACACACAUGAGACAAGGCAUUAGUUAUCGAAGGCACGAGAGUACAGUGGAGAGCUGGGACCCUGAAAGCAACACUUGGUCUUCGGUGGAACGUAUGGCCGAGUGCCGCAGCACCCUUGGGGUGGUGGUCCUGGCUGGAGAGCUGUAUGCCCUUGGAGGGUAUGAUGGCCAGUAUUACCUGCAGUCAGUGGAGAAAUAUGUACCGAAGCUGAAGGAGUGGCAGCCUGUGGCACCCAUGACAAAGUCACGCAGCUGUUUUGCCACAGCUGUACUGGAUGGCAUGGUGUAUGCUAUUGGAGGCUAUGGUCCAGCCCAUAUGAACAGCGUGGAGCGGUAUGACCCCAGCAAGGAUGCCUGGGAAAUGGUAGCCCCCAUGGCAGAUAAGAGAAUCAACUUUGGAGUGGGCGUCAUGCUCGGCUUUAUAUUUGUGGUGGGUGGACACAAUGGAGUGUCACAUCUGUCUAGCAUUGAGAGGUAUGAUCCACAUCAGAACCAGUGGACAGCCUGCAGACCAAUGAAUGAUCCACGAACUGGUGUGGGCUCUGCCAUUGUGGACAACUACCUCUACGUGGUGGGAGGUCACUCUGGGUCAUCCUACCUGAACACUGUCCAGCGCUAUGACCCUAUUUCAGACAGCUGGCUGGACUCGAGCGGCAUGAUGUAUUGCCGGUGUAACUUUGGUCUGACUGCCCUUUGACCCAUGGCCCAGCCGGCUAGGACCCAAUAAGGAAACUUAGACACAAAGACUUUUCUUUUUUGUUGUCUCCUCCUCCUCCUUCCCCACAUUCAUCCUCCAGGUGCAGAGGAGCGCUGCACACCGACAUGAAUGCUUGAGGAGAGAGAGAGCCUACUGGGUAGACGGAUACGCCAGGCUUCCUGACUGGCAGAGCUGACCACAGAUAUGGCUGUAGAGAUGAAGACAAGCCGCAAACUUUAAGCGGAAAAAGAGAAGUCGAGUCAGACAGUCGAGGAGAUGAACACACUACUGCUGCUGGACCACAAUGAGGACUCUGAGCCAUUUCCCAGAAGAUUGUUGGAGAAAUCUGUCACUUUUGUUUUAAAAUUUGUUAUAUUAGCAGACAUUUUUUUUUUCCCCCUUCAUGCCAUUAACUGUUUGACACUUCCCCCCCUGCUGCAACCAGAACAUUUGUUCAAGUUUUGUAAAACACUUCAGUUUGCUUGUGUAUUUGUAUGAAUAUGUGGUUGUUGGCCAUGUAGCGUGUAUGUCCGUGUGUAUGCUUGAGGGGUAUGUGCAUGUCAGAUAGGAUUGUUUUUGUUUUGUUAUGUGUCUGCGUGCAGAACUGAUGCUCAGAUUCAGUGACACAGUCUGGCAUCAAAAUCAGUGCUUCACAAAAAAGAGAAAAGUGGGAAUCUUUAUAUUUCCUCAAAAGGGCUGCCUUUUUUCUCUCUUGUAAAUAGUCUAAAUGAAAUAUAUAGAUAUGAAUAUAUCCUCUAGUGCAUUGCCUGUAAAUGUUUUCUGCACUGGGUCACUAGUAUGAAUGCGACUCAAUGUGUAGUUUAAUUACAUGGGUCACUGUUGAGGUGAAUGACGAGCCCUGAUAAAUCUCCAGAGAGCAUUUGCCACUAGUCUCAACUUCAUCCUGGGAGCCAGUUUAAAAACUCCCACAUUAUUCUUCUGUUACAUCUUCCUAAGGUCAGGUCAUGCACUUGCUACUCUUCACAAUUGUUGAAAUCGACCUUGGCCCUCUUUUCACCCUUUGGUCUGUACACAAUACCAACUGGUGCUAUAUUUAGGAUUCAGGAUUCAGCUGUUUGUCUGUGUGGCCUCACAAUCAGGCCAACCUCUGUUCACCCUCUGCUACAUUUCUAUUAGAUGUUUUGAUUUGAUGUAUAUGCAUUUAAAAAUGCAUGAAAUCUGAAUGGCUCCCAACUGUGCAAUAGAAACACAACUGAUAGCAAAGCCUCUGAUUAGGCAGUGGCAACUUAAAUCCUCAUAAUUCUGAAAAGUCUGCCUUUCUCUGUUGUUUUUUUCCUUUUUUGACAAUCGUCUGAAUUGUCCACUUUUGAAAAGAUGCCAUGUGCUUUGGCAUCCCAUCUACAGGAUGUGAGCAUGCUUUGUCAGUGUCUCAGUCCGUGAUGCCAGUACAGUCUCGCAUUAUUGGCCAUGAACACAACCUUUCUGCUUAUGAUUGGGUCUGACACCUGACUCUGCAUUCAUGAACUCGCCACCAAAUGUGUGAUCCUCAUGUGGACAAGGUCUUGCUUCGCUAGCUCAGGUUUAAGGUAAUCUGUUGACCGCUUCAUGUGAAGUGCCAAAGCAUGAACCUUUUGUUUUUUUUAAAGCCCCAGUGUAGAAACGUUCCCUUUUGUGCCACAAUUAGAACAUUUUCAUUCAUCUAUUUGCAUUCUUCCAUGCUGUUGAGAAGAGUUGGGUGAUUAAAAUACCAAGGUCUGUGCCAGCCAGCUUAGGCCACGUUGUUACCUGUGCUGUGUCCUGAGAGAGAAACCAGAUGAGCAGACUCUGAGCUCCCUGAGUGCAUUUGGCUGUAGGCUGGCUGAUGGUGUCUGUGCAGCCUUAGGGCCAAACUCCACAGACGGGUCCAACAAUGCACAGCAAUAGAGGGGGCAAUGGACUCAGAACGGUUAAGUGUAGUGUGUCCAGUUGAAUCACUGUUAAUGUCCAAGUUUAGACUGAAUUGCUCUGUCCACUAAUGUUUGCACAUAAGUGGAAACUUUAACCAAGCUCUGCAUUGCACUUACCAAACUAUUUGAUACGUAUUGUAAUUUGUACAUAACUUUUAAUUUAGGCUAAUGGCAUUUAGAUAAUGCAAUAAGACUUAUUUUUCCUGUGUGGAUUAAUGUUUUGUGUUAACUUUGUCUCUUUAAAAAGCCAAGGCAUCUCAUAUUGCUGUAACAGAUCUACACAUGGCAUGUCUGUUGAUUUACACUGUCGGCUAAAAAUGUGGGCGUCUAACGAAAUCAAAUAGACCUUUGACUUUGCCUCAUCCUACCAGGCAUUUGUCCUUCUACCUUAUGUCAUGUGUACUGGUUCAUUUUUACAAGGCAUAUGUUUAUUUACGUAGCUUCAUUAAUGGCCAAAUAACCUCUAUACAGGUCAGCUGUAUCCCCACAGAAAUAGAACCUGUGCUCUUUCACAUAAUGUCACCAGCACAGGUAGUUUCUUCUCCAAAGUCAUCGCUACUGAUGAGAUCUCGAUUAACAUUUGCCUUGAAAAGUGGUCAGUGUGUCACUGCUGAGACCUUUAGCUUGUUGCAGGUUGUUUGCAUGACCAUAUGUAGUACUUCCCCUUGUUCCUGUACAUCUUUACAUGAUUUAUGUAUAACUGAAAGAUUCUGCAAAUGUGUAAUUCCGUGAGGAUUGUAUGAUUUGAUUUUUUUGUAUUUAUUUUAUUUGUAUUGUUCAUGUUUUGUAACAUUACCCAGUCUGAUUUUGAUUGCUAAUUCUGUUGUUUAUUUGUUGAUAGAUUUUUGUUGAUCACUUUACUAUAGCCACAGCACAGAUCACGCAGGCGUAAUUAUGUGCUGCUGCCAUGAUUCAUUUAGCAUCAAUGUUAUGUAUACUGUCAUGUUUUCUGAGGUGUAUAUUCACUACUACUCUGAUGAAUUUUGGAGAGAGGCUGAUGAAAAUCUGCAAACGUGAAUCUGCAAAAGGGAUGAGUUUGUUCGCAUUAUUAUUAUGGCCUAACCAAUGUCAUGUUUUGCCACCACUCUCACCAAAGUGCUUGUUCAAAGAGAGCAGACGGAUGACUAACACCAGGUCUGGAAUGGACUGCCACUCUUAAUGUUUGUGUCUGAAAGCAAAUCCUUUUGAAACUGAUGUCAAUGUUAGCCAAACUACCACUCUGCUUCUUUUACAUUUCCCAUCGUGUGUCUGGAGUAAGGUGAUGAUCUUGAAUUUUAUAUCCUGUGGAUUAAUACUGGAAGUACAAGAUAACCUUAGGUGUAGAAACAGUAGCUUUUCACAUUUGAUCAUGUUUUGAUUGAAGACAUUUUACAUUUUAGUCAGUUUGUGUGGUGCAGUUGUACCCAGUUUAAAAUAAAUGCCUGCCUUAAAAGGUACUGUCUGCUUGUAUGUGACUCUUGUAAUAAAUACCCGUGCAAUGCA